AUGUUUCCCACCUUUACAGGCAACUCCCGACGCCCCCGGAACGUGAAUCUUAGCGGCCAGAACCUCAACCCAUUCGCCGCCUCGUCAUGGACUCCUGCCGCUGGCUCAGGAGCUUCGAAAACCGUCUCCAAUGCCCAAGCCGAACGCGCUCAGAGGCAACAGGACCGAGAUAGGCUGAAGGCGGCAGGCAAGAUCCAGAAGACGUGGAGGGGUCACCGGGUCAGAAGGCGACUUCGAGACUCCCGUCGCGAUGCCUUCGACGCUCUGUACAAGAGCAGCUCAGACUUGAGUAUACAGCAGAGGCUAUCAACGGCCUUACCACUGCUGUUAACCACCUUCCAGUCCAAAAAUGAUAAGGACCUUGAACGCCUCGUUCGGUUUUCCCGGGAGCUGACGACGACCAACCUGGAUUGCCUCGCCCCCGGCCGCCUUGCUCCUCCUCGACUGGCACGAUUCGUGAGGAUACUUGUGGAGGCUCUGGAUAUCCAAACAAAGAAAAAACAAGAAACCGACGAUACCCAACUCCUCGUGGACCUCCUCACGCAUAUCGUAAACGUCGCCCCCGAGUCAUUAGCGACGUCGUUCCGACAAUACUACACGGUCUUGGCAGAACUAUGUGGACUAUUGGGCGCGGGCGCGGCGGCGUUGGAGACUACGUCAAGGGCUGUUCUUGUGCCUCUGCGAGCCACAUCCGCGGACGAAUACUUGUUGGCAGCCUAUGAGGCAUUCGCCCUGUCGUUCCUGACUCGUCAUAAUCUAUGUCUGGUUGAGGAGCACGCCGAGACAAUCUCUCAGAACCUUGACUCGGACAACCUUGCAUCGGCAAUCACCACGGCGUACAGCAAUGGUCGGAUACACGGUGUUGGUCGGGACGGUCAAGUUUGGCUUCUGGCACAUUUUAUCGGCUUACACCAAAAGACGGGCACCAAAUAUCAAGGGCUGAAGCAUCUGGACGCACUGCACAUUCAACUCUCGAGCUUAUCCGCAGAGAUCAGUCUGAGACUCUCUGUAAAAUCAGCAGACUCCACCUCACCAAACGCAGACUCCAACAGUACAGAAGAAACCUUGAUUCGGCCACUACCUCGUUAUGCCACCCAGCAGCUCACAUCACUAGUCGACAGAGAUGGUAUCUCCGCGCUACUGGCCGAGCUCACCACUCACUUUGGCUCUCGGUCAUCAAGUCACGAGUUCCAGACCGCGAGUUUGCUCUCUGGCUAUAUUCUCACCCUUCUCCGAUGUUUCCCCAGCCAAGGCGAUGAUAUCCGCAUGCGUCUCUUCCUCGGAGACGUCAGAUCGAGCACAGGCAGCUUGCCAACGAUCAAGUUUCUAUGGCAAGCCAUGAGCCAAACCAGCAUCUACAAGCAAAUACUACAGGACUCAGCCUCAGCCACUGGCUUGUUACGGAACUAUCUCUCAAAGUCCUCAAAGUCAAAUGACUCUCAGGAACCGGAAUGGAGGCUAGUUCUAUUAUUCCUCGAACUCUACAUCUUCAUCUUGCGUCUGAGUGACGACGAGGACUUUUUUAGCAGCAUCCACCCCGGCAUUAUGCAGAGUGAAGGACAAAUGUCCCGGUUGCGGUCAUGCGGGCUUUCUCUCGCUGAGGUGAAGAACCUUACAAUUGUGCUCAAGCAUCUGGCUUUCACACUUCAUUACAAUGCUGCCGAUAUCUUACAGGGCGUCCAGCAAUCUGAGCCGAUAUCGAUGAGCCAGCUUGAGUCGUACUUCGGAAGUAGCAAUGCCGCAAAGUCAUCGAAAGAGACUCGGAACCAGGGGUCCAGAGCGAACGCGGCCGAUACCAGGCUUGAUCUCGGUAGUCUUCGCAGCAUCGUCACAACGGCCUUGCGACUUCUGUACGAGCGGGAUUCUCGACGUCCAUUUUUGCCUCAAGAUCAUUGGCUCAUGACCUCAAAAUUCGACAUGGAGGGUUUUGUCAGUGCUGUUGUGGCCGAGCAAGAGCGACAAAAUGAGGUGUCCGAUUCGAGCGAUGAGGAAGAUGGCGAAGUUGAUGAAGAUGCGAAUAUGGGUGGAUUGCAUGACGGCAUUAUUCACACCAUGGCCGGACAACGUGUUUCUCGACACGCUCAAAUUGAAAAGCUUCGGUCUCAGCAACGCAAGGCACAACGUGAUCGUCUACUGGCCGUCAUCGGGCCAAAGCUAGAGAUUUUGAGACACAUGCCGUUUGUCAUUCCGUUUGACACCCGUGUCCAGAUCUUUAGACAAUUCGUCUACCUUGACAAGCACAAGCGCAGGGAAGGCAUGGAUGCCGACCAAUGGAGAAUGACCAUGCUUCAUAACCCCCUGCGCUCUCCUGGUAGGGGUCCGGCCGGGCGACACCAUGGCAAAAUCAGGAGAGGCCAGGUCUUCCGAGACGCAUUUGAACAGUUUUACGAGCUAGGGGAAGGCCUCAAGGAACCCAUACAGAUCCAGUUCGUCGACCAGUUCGAUACAGUGGAAGCUGGCAUUGAUGGCGGUGGUGUCACAAAAGAAUUCCUGACGAGCGUCACAACAGAGGCCUUUGGGCAGAUGGACGGCAUCUCUCUGUUUACGGCCAACAGCCAAGGCCUCCUGUACCCCAACCCAACAGCAAUGGAUGAGCUCAGAGAAGCUUUGAGACGAGCUGGAGUUCCCGAGCGCACUCCAGAGUGGCAAGACCAGGUGCAAGAUUUACUUCGGCGAUUCGAGUUCCUCGGUCGAAUCGUUGGCAAAUGCAUGUAUGAAGGAAUCCUCGUCGACAUUGCAUUUGCUGGCUUCUUCCUUCUGAAAUGGAUCUCAGGACAAACCGGAGAGAACAGCUACCGCGGUAACGUCAACGAUUUGCGAGAUCUGGACGAGGAACUCUAUCAGGGGAUGUUGCGUUUGAAGAACUACAACGAAAACGUGGCGGAUCUCGCACUGGAUUUCACGAUUAACGACCAAGUCUCGCUGCCCGGGGAGCCUGUGCGUACUGUUACUCGGAACUUGAUCCCUAACGGUGAGAACAUCACGGUCACGAACGAUAACCGGCUCCUCUACAUAUCCUACGUUGCCCGCCACCGCCUCGUAGCCCAACCUGCCCAGCAAACAGCCGCGUUCCUUCGGGGUCUCCGCUCCAUCAUCGCCCCGUCAUGGCUUUCCAUGUUCAACCAGAAUGAGCUGCAGCGUCUCGUGGGCGGAGACAGCUCCGAAAUCGAUAUCGAAGACCUCCGGAGAAAUACGAUUUACUCGGGCCUGUACGAAGUGGGAGACGACGGACUGGAGCAUCCGACGGUGCAGCUGUUCUGGAAGGUUAUGGCCAACUUUUCAGAUCGGGAGCGGCGAGACGUGCUCAAGUACGUGACGAGCACUCCGCGAGCGCCCCUCUUGGGAUUCUCGCAACUGAGUCCGCGGUUUAGCAUUCGAGAUGGAGGCGAGGACCAGGAGAGAUUGCCGAGCACCAGUACCUGCGUGAACCUGCUCAAGCUGCCGCGUUACAGGGACCAGGAGACGCUGAGGAAAAAGCUGCUUUACGCCGUUUCUUCUGGAGCUGGGUUCGACCUCAGCUAA